AUGCGGGAGUCUCCGCGGGCACUACAGGAAGCUGAUAGCCCUCCGCUCUCAAACCCAAACCCCGCCACCAAAGUCAGCAGGACCUACUUCGAUAUAUCUUCAUCUAUCAGACUCGGCUGUAUGGAGCCAAUCCUCUUGCUCUGUACAUUUUUUGCGGUAUUGAUCUACCAUACGCGCAAAAGUGUACCACUCUAUGCUGCUAAGUUUCGCAAAGCCAGCAAAACUCCGCUACAUAUACAUAUGGUUGCUGGAGCUGCCGAGAUUAUUCGUUAUCACAUCACGGCCUUGACAGAUCAGCCCUCCCCGGAUCUCUUGGAUCUUGUACUUUGCUUGCUUCAAUCCGCAACCACAUUACAUCUAGCGAAGACACUGAUCCGAGGAGACCAAACGACCCGGCCAACGUAUCAAGUCACGGGUCUGGCCCGCCCUUUCCUAACGUUGGCUGCUCUUUACACAGAUGACGAGCAGCUCCACCGCGGUUCCGUCAAGCUGGUGAACGGCUUCAUUUAUGUGAGGCUGAUCAUCUUUUCUUACCGCGUUCUGAACCUGGACCGCGUUUUCACGGGCCCCGCCGUAUACGCACACGCUAUUUUCAUAGGCGGUCUACUCGCCGUCUAUGAAGCGGGGUUUCCAUUCGGAGUACCGGCGUUUGUGAUUCAAGUCGGUCUUAUGAUUUCGUUGCAUAGAUUCGUGACGGACUACGUGCAGAGAAAGAGGACUACGGGACACCGGCCACAACAUAUCAAGCUAGGCAUUCAUAUUAGGCUCUUAUUAUUUGCCGGCAUAGCCGACCUUCAAACGAUUAAAUGGUAUCAGAAGCCACCUGAAUUGAUGUUGAAGAUAAAUGACUCAUACGGUACCAAUCAGGAGACCUAG